AUGUUUGUAUUCACAGAGCUGGCAGAAAUGGCAGAGGAAGACCGCACCGCUCAGCUACCACAGGCUGAUCCGUUCAGUCUGACAUCAGUCACGCAGCCCUUCCCUCCCUCUCCAAACACAAAACGCAAAACUGAAGGGACCACAAACAAAUGCUCAGAGGAGCAGCUUUCCUACUGGCUGGACCAGCUGGAAAAAGAGAGCAAAAAGACAGAGGCUCACAUGGCAUCUUUGAAAAAACGCCAGGUCAACUUAAGUACUAGUUUAGAAUCGAUGGAACAGCAAGUGCGGGAGCGGUUUGACACCAUGCGUCUGGCUUUAGAGAAAGACGAACUGUCUGUUCUGAACUCACUACAACAGGAACACAGAGAAAAUAGCAGCAAACUGAGCCGGGUUCUGCAGGACUGGAACCAGCACCUGAAACUGGUGCGCAAACACAUCAGCACCAUCAAGAAGCUGCAGGAGGAUAAAGCUGAGAGCCAGCAGCAGGUCUAUUGUAAAGAUUUCAGUUGCCAUAAGAAGCAGGAUGCGACAGAGGUGGCCUUAAAAUUAAACGAGGAAAAGUUUAAGAAGCUCAUGAAGGUUUUAGGGAAGAUUUCCAAAGAUCUGCAAGUCCAACUUCAGAGAAAGAGCCUGCUGUUAGAAUCCACAGUGGUGGUGAUUGACAGAACAGCCAGCCACAGACAGAUACAGGUGACUUCAGGGAGGAAGUGCAUGCACCUCUCUCCAGAUGACACACCAGUUCCUGAUCACCCCCUACAGUUUGACCAGAUCUACUGUGCCCUCGGCUCACCUGCCAUAACAACAGGUCAGCAUUACUGGGAAGUGGAUGUUCACUGCUGCCCAGCCUGGUCUGUGGGGCUGGCUUAUGGCAGCCUGCACAGGAAAGGACAUGACAAAAGCACUAAACUGGGCAAGAACAGGCUCUCAUGGUGUCUGGAAUUUCGAGAUGGGCAUCUUUCAGCCUGGCACAAUGAUCGCCAUGUGGCACUGGACAAGGCUGGCCGGGCAGAGCAAGGGGCACUUGUUAAGGUGGGAGUUUUUGUGAACUAUCAGAAGGGGCGAGUCACUUUUUAUGAUGCUGACUCUAUGAAAAUGCUGCAGGAAUUUUCAACAAGCUGCUCUAAUAUGUUUGAUAGAGCACAUCACCAGUUUACUGAGCCUGUGUUCCCUGCAUUCCGCUUUUUUAAACCCAGAGAUCGACACGCUGUUCCAGAUCAUAUGGAGAUCUGUGACCUUAGUAUCUAA